AUCUCAGCCAUCAAGAAAGCUCUUGUGUGAAGCCUGGUUCAUUUCUGUUAUCAAAUACAGUACAGAGAAGAAGAAACACUAAAAGAUUAAAAACUUAACUGCAAUUACAAUUCAAACCUUAUUCUCAGCCCACCAAAUAAAAGGAAUCAUAUAAGAGGCUGAGUACCUUACAUUAAAACAAUUCUGGAGCAUCUCUACCUCGUUAUCGUCCACGUCGUUAUGUCUCGUCAGUCUGUCUGCCAACCGUGUAUCUUCACAUAGCUCCGAUCUUUAUUAUUUGAGCUUACGAAUAUUUUACAUAGGAAAAGGCUGUUCGUACUCUUCCUAAAAGCGAUCAAUUUUCGGUGACGUCACACCAUUUUAUGAUACAUCAGGUUGACAAGAAUAUCCAAAGGUGUCCACGUGUUUUAUGAAGAGAUUUGCAUUGUAUAAAGAAGAAAACAUCAAGCAAGACGACUUAGAGCUGAGUCUUACUGUAAAUAUCUUUUAUCACUUGGUGGUGACAUUGUACUUACUUUAAAAACGUCCACUCAAGUAAUAAAAUCCCUUGAGUAUAAAUUUUGAAUAAUUUGAGAGAAUACAUUCUAGGCAAUUAACUAUUAUUAAGCAAAUCUCGUAUUGUCAAGCGCCAGUAAAGCAAAGUUUGCUGUUCUUUUAAAACUUGCUUUUUUUAUUGUACCUUAGUUAGUGAUGGGAGAAACCUAUGCAGGGUCUGCAUAUGCUAUUGAUGACGUUAUUCUAGACACCAGAAAGACGCUGCUUACACAAUGUUUCGAAGAAGAUAUAAAUAAUACAAAAGAAAUAUAUAAUCUUCCCAACUUAUCCGACAUACAUCUCCUAAAUAUUACACAGGACGUACCAUUCGAAUAUGCUAUGCCCCUGUUCGGAUACAUAAUGCCCUCAUUACUAUUGGUUACGAUUGUUGCUAAUACUUUAAUUGUGGUUGUUCUGGCUCAGCGCCACAUGAGAACCCCGACAAACUUGUUACUACUGGCCAUGGCCAUUUCGGACCUCCUAACUUUAUUAUUCCCUGCACCUUGGUACUUUUACAUGUAUACUCUGGGUAAUUAUAAUAAACUCUUGUUCCCACCCGCUGCAUGCUACUCUUACCACUACAUGUACGAAGUAAUACCCGCAUUCUUCCAUACCGCUUCCAUUUGGCUGACCCUAGUAUUAGCGGUCCAUAGGUACAUUUAUGUUUGUUAUCCCACCACAGCUCACACCUGGUGCACAGUCUCCCGCGUUACUCGAGCUAUGAUCUUUGUUUACGUGUUGGCUUUUCUGCACCAGUCCACAAGGAUAUUUGAUAGGGUAUUUUUGCCCGUUGAAUUUCGCUGGCAAGGAAAGGCCCACAUGGGUUGUGUAGCAGAGACGGCUCGCUGGGUCGGAGGGGUAUUAACGCAGAACAUAUACUACAUAUGUUACUAUGUUUUUCGCAUUAUUUUUGUACAUGUGGGCCCCUGCGCAACUCUGGUAGUUCUCAACAUACUGCUAUUCCGUGCCAUGAAAGAAGCACAGAGGAAACGGAAAAGGCUAUUCAAUGAGAACAGCAAAAGUGAAUAUAAGAGGCAACGAGAAAGCAGUUGCACAACACUAAUGCUAAUCGUAGUGGUCACUGUAUUUCUUGCUGUGGAGAUCCCUCUGGCGGUGACUAGUUUGCUUCACGUUAUGCGAAAUGCCUUAAAUCUUGAUAUUUCCAACUACAAUGAUCUAAAUGCUACAAUUUUGUUUACAAACUUCUUCAUAAUGCUCAGUUACCCUUUCAACUUUGCUAUUUACUGUGGCAUGAGUCGACAGUUCCGCGAGACUUUCAAGGACCUGUUCAUGGUAGGUUUCCUCGUGAACAGGCGCUGGAGUUCGUCCAGAUACAGCAUGGUUAAUGGGCCUCGCACCACAACUAAUGAAACCGUUCUCUAAUGUUCAGGUAAACCAGGUCGUCAUUAGAUGGAAUAAAAUGUUUCUCACAUCAUCAAUUGGCACACCAUUAUUUGCACAGCCACUUCAGUGGAAAAUAAAAAUGUCUCCCAAAAUACCUUAAUAUGAAGGUGGCAAGAAUUAGCUUUAAACUGUAUAAGUAAAAUGAAAGCAGUCAGGCAGAUGUGUCUGUACUAAGUUAUGGGGCUCUUUAGUUCAGGCACACUCGGCCAUAACAAUUAACAAACAUACUUACUUUGUUGAACUUUGAAUUUUUGAGUUAUUUUUGCUUCUUGUGUAAAAUUCGGAUUAGUAUUGUAAAGUGAAAAAUCUAUAACAUUCUGUAUUGUAUGUAACAGAAGUUAUUUGGUUUGUGAUACAGAGAAUUGUACUAUUUGCGAAUUAAUA